AUGCAAAAGCUCGCCAAUAUGCGUCACUGGCCCGAGAGGAUGAGCCCCAACUUCGGCGCGUCGUCAAGACCGAAUAUGAACAUGACCGCCAUAAAUCCCCACCAGAAGGCUGGAGCUCCGGGAGCUCCGUUAAGUCCCUCGCCUGCCGCCGACAGUACUAUUCACUUCGCCUUUAACGUCCCGUUCGCGUCCGAUCUCGCCGGCCCCAACACGGAGGAGAUUCUGCAUGCGACUGGAGAGGCCGUCUUUAGGUGGACGCACCCAGGAGAUGCCCCCGAUGACAUCCCCGUUUACGACUUACCCGUCCACGCCCAGAACCUAGCCAAUCUACAGAAUUUAUGUAGAGAACUUACGAAAGGACCGUUACCGAUCGAAGCACACGUCGUCUCAAGCGUACCGAAAGGUUUCAAGUCGCAAGUCACAACGGUGUGCCUUUCCGGUUCUCCGGAACUCGUCCACAAGAGCCGUGAGACUAUCUUGAGCGAUACCCCUUUAGCAUUGAGGUGUACUACUGUUGACGUAGAUUAUGGAUUGAUCGUCGAUGCUCAAGCUGGUGCACUACAAAAGAACGUCACCGAUGCUCUAGAUACUUUCGCCGUGUUCUGCGGGGUUGAUAUUUUUAUUCUCGGCCCAAAACUUACUCCUACGGUCGACGGCCUAAAUGGUGACGUCGAGGUUAUUCGAGACCAAAGGUGGAGGGUCGCUAUCUACGGAGAUAUCGAGUCUACGGAACACGCCAAGACCCAGGUUCUCAUCUUUAUUGACAAAUUGCUUGGACGUCAGCUGGAUAUCAUGCGUUUUGAGAGCACGUUGCACCCGAUCGUGUGCGGCCGCUCUCGAAAGAACAUCAAAAUGAUCGAGUCGGUCACCAAUACGGCCAUCUACUUUCCUCCAUUCGCCCAAUUGCACCGCUAUUGCCCGCCGAAUGCGAGUCGUCGGAACCCGGAAGAGAUAUUUAUCACUGGCGAGAAUCCUCAAGGUAUAGAAUUAGCCAAGCGCAAGAUCCACGAGUUGGUGAACAGGACAAAACUCUUCAUGAAAGAUGCCGUAGUUUCACCUCCCAAGAUUGAUAGCAUCCUACUUGGCCGAAUGGACAAAGUUCGAAAAAUUAUGGAGACUAACGGCACAUUUAUCAUGUUCCCUCCUCUUGCCUCACAGCGCAACAUGAUUCGGGUUCAAGGUGUGGAAGGACUCCACAUCGAACGCACUAUGAAAGAAAUCAUGUCCCUCGCCGGCCAGUUCUACUUUGCGUCAUGGUGGAUCCAACAAGCUGGUAUCUCCCAGCUUCCAGCUCCUCACGAAAUCCGUGCCAUGCUUGGUGAUAUCUCUGCCAGUUCCGACGCGGAUAUCUCCUUUGACAAAAUGACGUUCACAAUCAACGGCUCUGAUGAUGCUGUGAAGCAGGCCCUCGGCGUUCUCUCUCAGAUUAAGUUCGUCAAUCAGACUCAGCAUCAGAUUCGGGUCAAGAUUGAGCUCGCCAAUGAGCACAAGGAAUUCGUCUCAGGCAAGAAGAAUGGCAAGAUCAACAAAAUCAUGACACAGAGCAAUGUUCAAAUUAUCUUUGAUAGUUUCAGAGAGUAUAAUUUCGACAUCGACGUUAUUGCUCCAUCAUACGAUUCCAUGAAGCAAGGAAUGACGUUGGUAGAGCAGGAGAUGCCUGCUUCUAUUUCAUUCCACGUUCCUGACCAAUACCACAAGCGAAUCAUCGGCAUCGGCGGUCAACACAUCCAGCGGAUCAUGAAAAAACACUCUGUUUUUGUCAAGUUCUCGAACGCUAUGGAUCGUGGUAUGAACCUCCCCCGCCAGCGCGGCCAAGGCUCGGGCUUAUUAACAGGCGUACUAGGAGGCAUGGGUCGUGAAGAUGACGACGUCAAAGUUGACAAUGUCAUCUGCCGUACUCCCGCUCGAAACGCUCAGAAUCUUGAAUUAGUCAAGACUGAGAUUCUGGACAUGGUGGACAGAGCACAUUCCGAGUUCACUUCUCAGAUUGUGCACGUUGACCGUCUGUACCAUCGACAGCUUAUUGCUCGCCUGCAAGAGAUCGAGGAACUUGAGAAGAAGUGGAAUUGCAAGAUUGUCUUUCCCAGUACCGAGCAGGCUAGCGAUGAGGUGACCGUUACCGGUCCAGAGUGGCAGGUACCCCUGUGUGCCGAUGAGUUCUUGGGAAUGGUCCCUGAAACUCACGAAUUGGUCUUGACUCGGACUCCAUCUCUUGUCAAAUUUCUCGAGUCUCCUGAAUUUGUUAACGAGCUUAUUUCGAAGCUCAAGACUCAGCAUGAGGUAUCUCUUGAAGUGCACGAGAAUCCCGAAGAGAAGACAGAGGAAGGGGAGCGCACCGUAACUUUACUUUGGAAGCUCACUCGCAACAAUACUGGUGGCCUCCGUGAUGCCAUCGAUUUCCUUAUGCAGCAGUUCGCGGCUGCCAGCGUCGAUGGUACCAUUGUUAAGGGCGCAAUCCCGCGUCCGAAGUCGGACUCAUUCGAGGACUCACUUCAGUACUUUGAUUCGAAAUUACUCCAGCACGCCCCCACUCCCAUUGGCACAGACUCGCCUACGAAACCGGCGUUUGGCGAAGACAUGAUCCAACAGCGGACCACCACCAUCUUUGACAAGCUCCGGAAGCCGUCUCAGCUCCUGUCUUCUCUUGAUCGCAGAAAGAACAGCUCUCAUUCGAUGAACACAUUUUUCAAGGGAUCAAGCAAUGUGUCCAAGUCAUCUCUCAUCUCGAUAGAGUCGACUCGCAGCUUCAAUGCUGAUCGAAACCCCUGGAACGAUAGCGGCGUCAAUCUUCCAGACGAUGACAGUAACCCUUGGUCGAGCCGUCACUUCAGCAACGGCUACGACAACAAAUUAACACCUAACAACAUUCCCCACGGCGGUGACAUGACACCGCGCCACAGCACGCGUGCGUCUGGCGACAGUGGUCGACCGUCGACUUCUCAUUCCACAAAUUCAGGAUACCCCGGUCCGAUUGGACCAUACCGUUAG